GCUAUCGUAAUUAUCUUCACACGCGCGCCGACAGCCAGAGCAUCCCAUCUUGUCACGCGCGUGUGAACCACCAGCUCCUGCCAAACGCCUUCCGUGACAAUCUGCAUCAGUUACAGUUAUGUAUAUGAAAACAUGGAGCUGUCAAAGAGCGAAGAUCCUUCAGAUGAGCAGAAGAGGUCAAGUAAAGCACUUGGCCGCAGUAAAUGGCCUGAAGAACACAAAUCUCAAACCACCACAAAUAAUGGAUUUGUGAAUACACACAGUACUGAUGAAAGCACAUCCUCACUGCCUGUGCCAGACACUUUGGACAUACUGUCUCCAGGGGUUAGUGACACGCUCUCAGAAGGUCACCGACGGCUCCGGGGCUCUUUUAGAAGAAGCAGAACCCAUGACUGUGUGAGAGGUACAGGACAGCAGCAAGCUGAGAGCCCUGGAUACAAAGAUGGGACCAACUGGCGCCAUCACCAUAAGCUGGUGACAAGUGUCAGCUUUUCAGGAUUCGAGGCGCCUCUAAGGUUGCUUCGUGAGAAUCGGGAUACAUCUGGCAGCAGUCAUGAAAUCAUCGAUUACCGUAACCUAACACCUCAAGUGCCCUUUGUGCCCUGCAUAGCCAAAUCCAUUCCUAAAAAGAGGAUCUCCCUGAGGAAACCUAGGAAGGCCAUUAAGGACUUGUUUGUUCACAAAAGACACAAACAUGAGAAAGCUAUGUCACCAAGUUCACCAUGUUGUGUUGCAGGUGAAAAUGUUUCAACCUUGAAACGAACGAGGAAGACGGUACGACACAGAGAACGUACCACUGCAGGAAGGAGAUUUAAUGACGAACUCAGCGAGACUCCCUCAGAUUCUUCCAGUGAAUGUUGUGCUAAUGUCUGUGAGGAUGCUGCUUCAUUAAAAAGCUUCGGAUCUCAGGCUGGAUGUGGUGAGAUAUUUGCUGAUGAUCUUGUAUCACCUGAGGGGGUCCUUAGCCCUGAGCGUAACAAAGUUGCCUGUGAACCUCUGAGGCAAAGCCCUACUACUGCAGGUUUCCAGGGAGGUAAGGAGUGUUUGGCCUCUCCAGCUCACGCUGAAGUCCUGGACAUGUUUGGGUUGUGGGAAACCCUAAACAGGACUGUAGCUUUAGGGCAAAGUUCAAAAGAAACAGGACAUGCGACAAAAUCCACAACACCUAUCGCAAAAUCUCCUUCCACAACCAAGUCUGAAGAUGUAGCAGCAAAUACACCACAACCUGUAGAGUCUGAGAUCAGGGAGUUUAAUACUGAUGUGAUAACACCCAAAAGUGAUAACCAAGGGAAUACCAGUGACGAGGGCUACUGUGAUUAUGUUUCUCCUAGUUUUGAGGACCACAGCAGAAGUUCCCUCACUCCGGUGCUUUCCAACAAGUUCCCUAGGGACACGUACAGUGGAGAUGCUCUUUAUGAGCUAUUCUGUGACCCCAGCGAGGCAGAGAUUACUCCGAUCUUUGACGAUGAGCUCGAUCUAAAAGACAGCAUUGUUGGCCAGUGCAGUGAUCUUCCAUUGUCCAUGUACAGCUUCCAUGUUGGAGCAGAGGAGAAUCUUGCCCCACCUUUGGCUCAGGACUUUGUUGGUCAAGAGCUUCUGCAAAGUAAAUGGAUGGGGAAGGAUUGCUUACUAAAGCUUUGCGACACUGAGAUAUCAAUGGCUAUGGGUAUAGUUAACUGGCUAAAGCAUAGAACAGACAAAAGCAACCCAACAGAACUGAGAUCUUCAAAAAUGAUCAGUGAGGAAACAAGAGAUGUAUGUCUGAGAUGCAAACCCCAGUCAGCAAAGGUUAGGAAACCAAAAGGAGCAAGAACUGUUAAUGGUAGAGGAGACACAGUUGGUGUUGUGCCCUCAAAAUAUAAUGCGAAUACAGUAAUGUCGACCUUGGCCUCUCCAGAGAGCCAACCCAGGACCCCAAUGAGUGGUGUGUGUUUCAGGAUAUUCAAUAUCGAAUCUCCUACGACUCCAGGUGGAGAUUUGCAGUCCCCAGUGGUAAGCUCCCCUGGCUCUGGGACAAGGUCUUUGUUUGUGUUGGCCAUAAACAAGGAUUCUCUUUGUGAAUCUUGCAAGAGUUCCCUGAAAAAUGGAGCUAAAGAUCUGCACCUGUGCCGUUCUUGUAUGUCCCUCAUUGAGCACAUCAAGACUUCAGACCUUUGGGCCCAUGCCAGUCUUCCAAGGACCACUCAAACUCCACAGCCAAUAACCAGAGACCUACUCUCCCCGGCUAGCACCUGCGGGAUAAGAAGUGACAUCAGCAUAGCUUCCCUUGUUGAGCAGUGUGCUAGUCAGUUGUCUUCUUUGAAAAUCAACUUUACUCAAGCUCACUCAAGCUGUGAGAUAAAAGAUGUCCUUGUACCUGAGCAAGGGGCAAAAAGAAGCAAAGAACACUCUCAAAAAUAUGUCAAGUCAAAGCACAAGAAAAGGCCAGUGGCAACUACUGAGAGAGGCUUGCAUGCUAGACGGAGAAAGUCUUCCGUUUUAGAGACGGAGGGGCUUGUCCCCACCAGUAUUUCAGAUGAUUUGGUGUUGGAAACGUACGAUCCAUGCGAUGUUGAAUCUGGUGAAGCAGACGCAUCUCAAGCAACCAGGCCAACAUCUCUUCCUCUGAUGGCCUCUGCCUCUUCAGAUUUUCUUUGCAGAGAGGACCACCAUAUACACCAUUUGAAUAAGAUGGAAGAGGGAAACUCAUCCAAAAAGAAGCACAGAUUACGGCACCAUAGAAAGUCUGCUGGGAAUAGUGAGGGAUCAUCUGGUGUCUUUCAAGGGGAUAGGAAAGUAGAACGCAGAUCCAGAAUGAAGAAGUGAAACAGAUCCAGAUUUUGUGGGUCCCAACUGUCUUAAACUUGUUUCUUCUGUCCAGUACCUCAGCCCUCCAGGCAGCUGACCUCUCUACCAGCUGUCAAAAUCUCUACCUUUCGUCCGCAAGAAAUCUGACAUGUUUGCUGAUUUUACUGUCAACUCAGCAAUACUGUCAGCUUGGAACAACAACAGGUCUGUUGAUCUGUUUGUUUGAAAAAUGACAUUUGUCUGAAACCUGUCGUAUCAGUGUUUUUCUCUCUCCAUAGUGUUUCUGCAAUCACUGCGAGUUUUCAAACCAAGGAUCAAUGACAGUACAUACUAGUGCAAUAACUACAAUAACACUUUAUUAAUGUCCAAGGGACACAUUUUAAACUGUUGUCUUAAUAGAGAAAACUUAUGGAAUUUGAAAUUGUGGGAGGUUAUAGGUUAUACUUUAGGUUGUUUAUGUAUAUCGAAACAAUCCGACAAGCUAUUUGAAAAGCUCUAUUCUAGAGUUUGGAAGAAAAACAGCCAAAUUCUUGAAAGGAUUGGGACAGCUGGAGACAUAGCAAUGGAAUCAACUUUGCAUUUUCAUUUGUCCAAUUAAAGUUCAAAACAGAGACGGAUAAUUGUGUAUCAGUGAAUAAAUGAGGUAAAGUAGCCCUUUGAAAGAACGCCUCUGAUCUGGCUGAUGUGACCAGAAUUGAUGAGAGCCACCAAAAAGGGUCCAUUCAUACAUAUAGUAGGCCUCUUCACAAAGCAGGCAGGUGGCACUUUUACUUGUCGUCUUUGUCCAUUUUGGAAUGUAAUUCUGCCAGUUCUGUCCUUUUUCUUCACUUGGUAAAUACUUCAACUCAACCUAGACUGCAGUAGUCCAGCUAGGGUUGUUAUUGAACAGAAUUCCCAUAAACACAACCCCUGGUGUGACUAUUAAUCUAUACAUGUCUGCACAUCUAUCUUUGAACAGACAGUUAUCUUUUUAAAUAUAGACAUCUGUACAUCUAUAUUUGGGUGGCCAGUUAUCUGUUAACAUUGAACUUAACUUCAAGCCAUUUAUUUGUGCUCUUACAUUAUGGAUGUAUACAUGAAUAAACCAAAAUUUAGAAAAAAUAGUCAGAUACCAAAGAAAUGGUACCAUUAGAAGUGGCCUAUAUGUGCACGCAAUCCUUGCUCUAAACAAAAGUAACCCAAAGGGUCAUUUCGAACAAGCCCUUUCUGCUAAACCUUAGCAGCUAUUAGUAAAGUAUUAUAUUUCAGGGCCUCAACCUGUUUUCCAUUACAUCAGCAUCAGCCAUAACAACAUCUGCUACAGGGUUGGUGUCAGAAAUGAAUGCAGUGAUAAUCCUCAAUAAAAGCACUCUAGUUUGGCAUUGACAAUUUAAGCUGAAAACAGAAGCUUUUCAGAUAGCUUACUUUUUUUAAUAUUAUUUGAUAUACUUAAAUUGGGGCGGUUGUUUUAUCUGUGUUGCUGUUUAGUAUUUCAUGUACAAAUGUAAUUAUAUUACAUCUCAGGAUAAGCUGUGUCAGAAUCCAAGAAUUAGAUAACACAUAAUAGCAUGUAAUAGCAAAACUUGAACCACUGACAUUAUCCUAAUAAUAUGAAUAACUAUAUUGCAAAACGAAUGUGUUGCAUGAAUUUGUAGGCUAUAUAAAUUAUGUAAAGUGCAGAUUUUGUUGGAUUGGAGUAGUAAGAAGGUAUUUUGUCACCUCUUAGUGCCAUUAUAUUCUUUUCAAGACAGGGCAGCUGACAAUUAUCGUAGUUCUGUGCAAUAUUUAUAUUAAUGUGCUUGUCACUGAGUAUUAUUAAAAACCUA